AUGACAGAAAAUCUUGCUAAUUUCACUGAUAUCCUGGGUGAUGAAGAUGAGAUAGGCGAUUCCCAGCAGUCGCAGCCACUAUCUCUUCCCUCUAGCACUGAUUCACAUCCUCAAGUAAGAAACAAUGAACCGAAUAAAAUAAUACGGCCUGCUAAAGGUACUGGACAAUUCAAGGAAUUUCGAAGUGUGGAAGAAAUAGAUACCAAAUACAGAGAAGUUUUUUCUUACCCAUACUUCAAUUUGGUCCAAUCAAGAGUAAUCGAAGAUGCUUUAUAUUCAGAUAAAUCACUGGUGGUAUGCGCACCCACUGGCUCCGGUAAAACGGUGGUGUUUGAAAUGGCCAUAGUUCAGCUCCUGAUGGAAAUCGAAAAUAAUAAUAGCGCCGAGGAUUUCAAAAUAAUUUAUAGUAAGUAUCCUUAUUUACUUUAUUUCUCUUUAUAUUUUAUUUUAAAAGUGGCACCAGUAAAAGCUCUAUGCACGGAGCGGUUGACAGAAUGGUACUCCAAGUUCACCAGGCUGGGGCUUCUCUGUAUUGAGGUCACCGGCGACACUGACGUGGAUUUCACGCAACUUCAGGCCUAUAAGAUAAUAAUAACUACACCAGAGAAAUGGGACAUGUUGACGCGAAGGUGGAAAGACCACCGAGGCCUGGUGGAGAUGAUCAAGCUGUUCCUGAUUGAUGAGGUCCACAUACUGAACGACGAGACUCGCGGGCCGGUUCUUGAGGCAGUUGUCAGCAGGAUGAAGACAGUUCAGAGUGCAGCUCAAUCGGCCCAUCGAAUAGAACAACUCCAAAAGCAGUACCAGAAUAUCUCAGAAGAUGGCCGCGAAAUGAACCCAAAUAACUCUGAAAAUGGGCACGAAAUAAACGUAAAGGCCGUUAAUUCGGCACCUAUGAUAAGAUUCGUAGCCGUCUCGGCUACGGUCAGCAACCCUGAGGAUGUGGCUGCCUGGUUAAACACUGAAGAUAAACCUGCAGUUUAUUACAAGUUUGGAGACGAGUGUCGUCCAGUGAAGCUAAGGCGUGUAGUAGAGGGCUACCCUUGCCCGGACGGAACCAGCAUCUUCAAGUUCGACAUCAUUCUCAACUACAAGCUUUGGCCGAUUAUCCAGAAAUACCAUGAUGGAAAACCCACUUUGAUAUUUUGCAACACAAGGAAGAGCGUGCUACUGACUGCCGAAACCUUAUCGAAGGAGAUCACGAUUACGUUCAGUCUCGAGCAAAAGGCGAAGCUCACUGCACUAGCGUCUACGAUUAAAACUAAGAAAUUGCAGUCCUUGGUACUAGCCGGCGUGGGAUGCCAUCACGCCGGAAUGCUCUACGAAGAGAGAAUCUACAUAGAGCAUGCGUUCAGAAACGGAGACUUGCCGAUACUCAUCACCACAACUACUUUAGCAAUGGGUGUCAAUUUACCAGCUCAUCUUGUGAUCAUCAAGAACACUCAACAGUACGUGAACGGAGCUUACCAAGAAUACAGCAUCAGUACAGUCCUUCAAAUGGUGGGUCGCGCCGGGCGGCCGCAGUUCGACACAGAGGCCACUGCUGUUAUUAUGACGAGGCAAAGGGAUAAGGCCCGGUAUCAAGCUCUAGCAGGCGGCAGCGAGCCCCUACAGAGCUACUUACACAAGCGCCUGGCAGAGAACUUGAACAGCGAAACUGCACUUGGCACAGUGUGCGACGUUGCGCAGUGCGUGCAGUGGCUGCGAUCCACUUUCCUCUACGUGCGAGCGGCUAAAGACCCGAAGAAAUACUUGGGCCUGACGUCAACCGCUCCAGAAUAUUUGAUAUUGAAGAAGAUUGAAGAAUUAUGCGUAAGAGCGAUGAACGGUUUGGCCAGUGCUGGCCUCAUCUCCAUGGACGAGGCAAGUUGCAUCGAAUCAACCGAGGCGGGCCGACUCAUGUCUGUGUUCUACCUGGAUGUAGAGACUAUGAAACUUAUUAUGAAGAUAGAAGGCCACGAAUCCCUAGAACGUCUGCUGUGGAUAAUAUGCGAGUGCCACGAACUGGCCGAUAUGCACCUUCGCACAGACGAGCGGCGAACGCUCAACGCCCUCAACAGAAACAACGCGGCGGCCACCAUACGCUUCCCUAUGAAGGGCAAGAUCAGCUCUAGGCAGAUGAAACUUAGCUGCAUAAUACAAUCGAUACUCGGGUGCCUUCCCAUACCUGACCCAUCCCUCAACCAAGAAGCCAUGAAAAUCAUGAGAAUCGCCGAUAGGAUCUGCAAAUGUCUUGUAGCCUAUGUUACCCGGCCAGAACCAGUGACGUUACAGCUUCAGUACUUCUCAGCUGUGCUAAACUCUAUCGUCCUAGCGAAAUGCAUUGCGGCCCACUUGUGGGAGAACUCUCCGUAUGUGAGUAAACAGCUCAAAGGGAUAGGGCCGAUGUUCAGUACCUUGCUGGCUACUGCUGGGAAGGUCAACUUCAUGCUGUUGGAAGAAAGCCAUCCAAGGGAUUUGGAAAGGAUAAUGAACAAAGGUCCUCCAGCUGGUAACGUUCUCAGAAAACAAAUCAGUCUGCUACCUAAAUAUCAGGUCGAAGCGACGCCAAUUAACGAAAAAACUGUGUCUGUAAAGCUUUUGCUGCUCAACCAAGCACAUUUGGCAGCAAAUAUGGAGAACCUUACAGCGACGUCAACGCACAAAAGUUACGUCAUAGUUGGGGAUUCAGAAAAUCACAUCCUGCUGCUCACAACUUUCAUGUAA